AGUCACAGCUCACUAGUCACCUCAGUCCUCACUCCGCCGCUCCCCCUCUUGCCCGGCUGCUACUAACCCUAAGCUGCCGCAGUCACCCCCAUCGCUUCGCUACCGGCCGUCGGCUGCGGCGCGUCCAGCGGGCGUCGGUAACGUUGGGCGGUGGCGCAUUGCACGGGCACGACGGGAGGCGGCACAUUGCCAGGACAAGACGGUCGAGGGAGGCAGCGCAUCGCGGGCACGACGGGCGGCGGCGACUCCGGAGGGUACAACGGCGCCGACAACCUAGCAAUCCUCCAGCGUAACACGGUUCUUGAUGUUGUCUCUCCAUUUGUUUGCUCCAUUGGACGAUUUGAAUCACAUACUGCUAGCCCGCUUUGUCGAUUUGUGAAUGAUUAGUGCUGCUAUGCCGAUUUCGGUUCAGGUUUGCAUUUCUCAAAAACCAAAAUAUUCUUUUACCGCAGGUUCCCACUUGGUUUGCUCGCUCCGUCGCCGCUGAACCCGCCGCCAGCCUCCUUACACCGAAGAGCGGAAGGCAGCCAGUCGCACUGCCCCCGCCGACGCGUCGGUUGGCAUUGGAUUGGCAUGGAGUGGUGAUCUAUCCCAACUUACGGUUGCUUUCAAUCGUUGGUUGCUGAGAAAUAAACAUGUCGAUAGGCGAAAUCCUAAGAGCAGAGUUAUCAUCCAGGAUGCCGCCUUUCGGUCUGAGACUAUGGAUUGUGAUUGGCAUCAGUAUCUGGGUGGUAAUAUUGUGUAUACUUGGUUUCAUGUGUUUUUGGUCCAUAUAUCGGAGGAAGCCUAAGAAGUCUUUUGAUAAGAUCCCAGUAUCUCAAAUUCCAGAUGUCUCCAAGGAGAUUGCAGUAGAUGAAGUGCGUGAGCAUGCUAUUAUUGAAAACUUUCAUGUGCAAGAAAGCCAUGCGCUGGCAGUGCAGGAGAAACAUUACGAAAAGGAUUCAGGGAAAAUGCUGGCGCACUUGGUUAGGAGCAAAUCGAGUGAUGCUGAUAAUUUGAGCCAAUGCAGCUCAGCGUACCAAUGUGAAAGGGCUGGGAGUUCAUAUUCUGGUGACGAAGGCAGCUCGGGUAAUGCUAGGAGGCAGUAUUCUCAAUAUGCAACUGUCUCUGCAUCUCCUUUGGUUGGUCUUCCGGAGUUUUCGCAUCUGGGUUGGGGUCAUUGGUUUACUCUGAGGGAUUUGGAGCAUGCAACCAAUCGGUUUUCUAAGGAGAAUGUCAUCGGAGAGGGUGGAUAUGGAGUAGUUUACCGUGGUCGAUUGAUAAAUGGGACUGAUGUUGCAGUAAAAAAGCUUCUUAAUAACAUGGGGCAGGCAGAAAAGGAGUUCAGGGUUGAAGUUGAGGCUAUUGGCCAUGUCAGGCAUAAGAAUCUUGUCCGCCUUCUAGGUUAUUGUGUCGAAGGAAUCCACAGGAUGCUUGUGUAUGAGUAUGUGAAUAAUGGGAACUUAGAACAGUGGCUUCAUGGUGCCAUGCGUCAACAUGGUGUUCUUACUUGGGAAGCCCGGAUGAAAGUUGUUCUUGGAAUCGCUAAGGCACUUGCUUAUUUACAUGAAGCCAUAGAGCCAAAAGUUGUGCACCGAGAUAUCAAAUCAAGCAAUAUCCUAAUUGACGAAGAAUUCAACGGCAAACUUUCUGACUUUGGAUUGGCAAAGCUAUUGGGUGCAGGGAAGAGCCAUAUCACGACUAGAGUUAUGGGAACUUUUGGGUAUGUGGCCCCUGAAUAUGCCAACACAGGUCUAUUAAACGAGAAGAGUGAUGUCUACAGUUUUGGUGUGCUAUUAUUGGAAGCAGUGACUGGAAGGGAUCCAGUUGACUAUGGCCGGCCUGCUAAUGAGGUGCAUCUGGUGGAGUGGCUCAAGGUGAUGGUUGGCACAAGAAGAGCAGAGGAAGUAGUGGACCUUGACAUGGAGUUGAAACCAACCACUCGGGCUCUUAAGCGUGCUCUUCUAGUUGCACUGCGGUGUGUCGACCCGGAUGCUGAGAAAAGACCCACUAUGGGCCAGGCUGUUCGGAUGCUCGAGGCAGAAGAUGCUCCGUCUCGGGAGGACCGGAGGAGCCGGAGGGGCCACACCAGCAAUGCGGACACCGAGUCCAAGGCAAGCUCAAGCGAGUUCGAGAUAAGCAGUGAUCGAAGAGAGUCAGGACCGUCCACGAGGUAUCAGUCCUAACUCCUGAUGAGAGCAGAUCAUGGCCAAGAACUCGACGUCGGACCAACGAGCAUUGGAGGAAUGCGGGGUGGAUGGUUGGUAGAGACAGGGAAGGACAUUUCAAGAGGGCAUGGCAUUUUGUACUGUAGGUAUUAUCCUUGGUGGUAGCUAGAGAGCAGAGUCAGAUCGAUCCCCUGAGAGACUCAUACUUGAUGUAAUCUAUCUAUGUAAUUAAACGCCGUAGCGUUUUCGUUUUGACGUCGUUCCCGUCCUCCACGGGACACGGAUGCACCUCCACUGAUGGUCUGAGUAUCGCGUGGUUUCUGAAUCGCCAAAGAACGGCCGGCAAAACUUCGGUAGCAUGCGUAACAUAUUACAGUGUCAGACAGGCUACAUUUUUUAGACUAUAAACUGGGAAAUGCUAUCGCGUCACUAACACAUUGGAUUAGAUGAUGAUAAU